GCUGCGGCCGCAGGGGGCUGAUGGGGCUCUGCCUUCUGCCGCCUCCACAGCCUGUCCUGGAUCUGCCGCCAUGGCCCAGGUUCUGCUCCUCCUUCCCCUCCUCUUCCUCAGCCCCACCAUCGCUCUCUGUGACGACGCGGACCCCGGGCCGGGUGCCAGUGAGCGGCUGCGGGCGCUGCUGGCGGAGCUGGCGGGUCCCAUCCUGACCCAGAAACGGGGCGUCCCGUGCCAGGACCUGGGCCCCAAGGCCCUGCCCGGCUUCUCCCGGCUGCCACCAGAACCCCACGCCCUGGCCCGCGCCGCGCUGGCGCUGGCGCUGAACGGGGCCGGCUGCGCGGCCGAGGCCGAGGCCGAGGCGCUGGGGCUGGCAGGGGAGCUGGGCACCCCCACGGCCAUGGCGCUGCUGCGGGGCCUGGCGCGGCUGCGGGAAGGCCCGGCCCCCCAGCCCCUGUCCCUGCUCCUCCUCAGCCUGGCCGAGGCCGAGGCGCUGGGGCUGGCAGGGGAGCUGGGCACCCCCACGGCCAUGGCGCUGCUGCGGGGCCUGGCGCGGCUGCGGGAAGGCCCGGCCCCCCAGCCCCUGUCCCUGCUCCUCCUCAGCCUGGCACGGCCGGGGGGCUCAGCCUGUGUGGAUCCCACCCGGCUCGGGACCCCCGUGCCCGGCACCCAGCCCGUGGCACCCUCGCUGGGGAGGGUCCCGAGGGCCUGGCUGUCCCUGUGCCGCCGGCUGUCCCGGCGCCGGCGGGAGGGCGAGGGUGAAGCUGAGGACGCCUGCAACCCACCGGGGGAGCAGGAAGCCCACCGGGUGCUGGAGUGGGUGCCCGGCGUCAGCAUCUUCUACAACCUGGGCACCAGCGUCUACUUCGCCUUCCAGGGCUGCAGCGCCACAGCCUCGGCACGGGCGCUGGAGGCCACCGAGGACCUGGGCUACGCCGGGCUGGCCGCGCUCACCGGGGGCCUCGGCGGCCCCGUGGCCAUGGGGGUGCAGCUGGGGCUGCAGCCGGGGCUCAAGGCCGGGGUGCGGGCGCUCAUCGGGUACUUCACCUCGGCCGGGGACCCCCCGCCCGUGCCCACCGCUCACAGCGGCUCCGCCAUCAUCAUCUGAAUAAAGGCCACAUGAGGCAGCUGGCGGCGUGUCCCUGUCCCUGCUGGAUCAGUGCAGGGUCACCCUGUGCUGGGCCACACGGACCUUGAUUCUGGGGGGUGGCCUUGCUGAGCCACGUGGUGGCAACUGCUCUGUCCCUGUCCUGCCCAGC